AUGGAGGCCAAGAUUUUCAGUAUGGAUAUAUGUGCUAAAAAUGCUGAAAAACAUUAUGAAAGUGACAAAAAUUCAAACAUUUAUGAUAUUAUCAUUUUUAGCACCUAUAUCCAUACUGAAAAUCUGUUGCCUACACAAGAAACCAAGCCUCCGGAUUACGGAGGCCAGGCUGGCCUCCGUAAUCCAGAGGCUUGCCUCCGUAUUUGCAGAGGCCAACGUUGGCCUCCGUAUCAUGGAGGCCUCAACAAGGCCUCCGUGAUUACGGAGGCCUCCAUCAUACGAAGGCCAACGUUGGCCUCCGUACCAUGGAGGCCUCCAUCAUACGAAGGCCUUGUUAUGGCCUCCGUUGAAUCGGUGUUGGACAAGGAAAAUUUUACGUUGGAAGAGCUUCUGGAUGAAGAAGAGAUAAUCCAAGAAUGCAAAUCCUUAAAUAGUCGCCUCAUAAAUUUUUUGAGAGAUAGAGCUCAGGUUGAACAGUUGCUGCAAUACAUUGUUGAGGAGUCUCAGGAUGAUGCGGAUAGCAAACGAAUGUUCAAGUUUCCUUUCAUUGCUUGUGAAGUUUUUACAUGUGAGAUUGAUGUCAUCUUGAAGACUUUGGUGGAGGAAGAGGAGCUUCUGGAUUUACUUUUCUCUUUUCUGCAACCUAAUCGUCCCCAUAGUGCACUUUUGGCCGGAUAUUUUAGUAAGGUUGUAAUAUGCCUAAUGUUGCGGAAGACUAUUCCACUUAUGGAUUACGUAAAGGUAAUUAAAUCUGAUGGUACUUUUCAAUACAUGCAGCCAACUUUACCCGUUACAGGAAGACAGGCACCCCGAGCAGGGUACUUUGGACAUAUGACUCGAAUAUCAAAUAAACUUGUUCAGUUGGGAAACAAUGACAAACGCAUUCAGCCAUAUCUUCAGGUCUGUGAUAUGCUGACACUUGUUGACCGGAAUGGUUGGGCGGCCGGGUCAUCGGUUUUCUGGUUGGACUGCCCAGUCCGAUUGAUGAAAAUGCAGGAUGUUUACUUUGAUGAUGAAUCUGCAGAAGUAGUGAUUUCAUCCCUAAGGUUGGGCGAUGACCAGGGAAGAAGUUUGUUUACAAACUCCAACUGGUUUACCUUCCAAGGUGACAAAAUUGGCGAUGCACCUGGGAGAACUUCGCUUCGUGAUAUUAUGGAUGAUAUCAAUCGGAAUGGAACAUCAAAUGGUGGUAGCAGCAGUAGUGACGAUGGGGUAGUGGUUGGAGAGGACGAGGAAUUGGUUGAUAGCAACACUUUUGCCAAUGGCUCGUCUGGCUCUAAGACUAACCCUUUCGAUAACUUCUACGGAAACAGCCCCGUCAAUGGGGGAGAUUCAGUUCCCAAGAAUAAUAUGGCCGGUACCUCUGGAGACGGUUACUUCCGUUUUGAGACGUCAGACAAUGAUGAUCUGUUUGGAGAAAGGCCCAUACCUGAGUGGGUCGCAUGGGGGGAGAGAUCAGAUUUUCAGGUUGGUGGUGGGUCGAGUGCGAACCCAUUUGUUGACCAAAACGAUACAAGUGACAGUCCUGCUACUUUAACGGAUACGAGCACUGCCCAAAUCAGUUCCACUUCAAUUGGAGGCUCUCUACCAAACGGCACCUCCCAUUCUACAGAUUCAAGUGAUGAUUCAACUAAAUGUGAUACAAGUCAAAAAUGCAUCGCUUUCCCCUCCCUGUUUGAAGAGGAUGUUGAAUUUGUGGGUGUAGAACCAGAGGGGACAGAACAGGCAAUGGAGCAAGCUCUCAAGGAAGGUGGUGUUGGCGAAGCUGGGCCAUUGAAGACGAAUCUCUCUCCGAAGACCCCAGAAAAGGGGGAUACACAAGAUGAUGAAGCAGGGAUGAAGGAAUUCAACGAUGCUAACUAUUGGAGAAUAGAUCAAGAAGUUGCAGUGUUGGAGUACGGUGUCAGUAAUUUUUAGCCUUUGAACUUGGGAACCAAAAAAUCUGAGGAUAUCACAUUUUCCUCAUUCUUAGUUUUCAGGGGUAAUGCGAUGGGGAUAUGUACAGUGUAUUAUUGUUCAGUUGGGAUCAUGAUGUAGGGUUCAUGAUGAUUAUUUAUGACUACACUCGUUUUAGGGUCGUGACACACUUUUAAGAUUUUGUGCACACUUUCUAUUUUUUGGUUCAAAAAUUUUGUCCGUCUGCUACAUUGCUAAAGCAUGAUUCAUCAGUGUAAUAUGAAACUUAAAUUUUUAAAGGAAUUUCAGACACGUACCCCCUCC